GAAACUUUUUUACUCGGCGGCUUUGGCGGAAGCAUCGGGCGUUCUCAGAGUCAGAAUGCGUUUCAUCGUUCUCGAGCUCCGUUGAAGACUGAAAAGGCUCAUAGCGAUGCAGAAUUACAAUCUUCUUCCCGUCGGCAAUGUGGGCGGAACAUGAAAUAUGCCUCAUAUUAUCAGAUUUCGUAUUUAUACUCGAUCGUGGUCUAUCAGUUCUUUCCCUCCGACUUCCACCAUCCUCAGCGUCGUUGACUUUAUCCAGUAACUGCUUGGGAAGCGUCCGUUACCGACCUCGACGAUAUACAUUAUGCCUUCACACUUGACCGACGCGUCGACGCGUUUAGGCUCCUCGCCAGAUUCACAACUGUCUGUUCCAGGAACUCCUAGGAAUGGUAGCGAUGGCCUCCUGCAUCGUAUCAAAAACGUUCCUGGCUAUACAACACCAGUAUUCAAGGGGAAGGAAGAGCAGAGAGCUCUUGUACAACAGGAGGUUGCUGCAAAGGGUUUCAUCCCUCAAGAGCUCGUCGCCAAUGAAGUCAACUGGUUUUACACUAAUCUCGGCAUCGACGACACGUAUUUCCGCAACGAAUCGCGGGAGGUCAUCUGUGACCACAUCAUUGCGCUCUUCGGGGCUAAAGUGCUCGCGUAUACAAAGCACGAUCCGAGCAAGCUCGUUAUCGAUCUCGAAAAGAUUGAUGAAAACGGCAAUGGCGCGACUUUCAUCUACACCAGUCCCCCCGGUAUAACUGCUACCGAAGGGCCCGGAGCCAGCUGUGAGGCUAGGAUUGACACCCUGUUUCUCGAUAACUCUAAGCCUAGUAUUGCAUACAGGCUCGAAACUUACCGCUCUGCUGGAUCGAUAUCCUCCACUGCUUCUCAACAGCUGCGAUGUUAUUUUGUGAGCAAGUGUGUUUUCCCGGACACCCCUGCCACCAAGGAUGCGGAGGGUAGGACGCAGAUCAGAAGCGUGUCUGACAAGUCGUUUUUGGAGAAGGCGAGCGAGAACACGCUCGAAAUUUACCAAAAGGUUAUGUGGAGCGUUGAGCAGAGAUAUGGCCCUGUUAUGGAGGUAUUCGAGGUUGAAGGUACAAGAGAACGACGAAUUGUUAUCGGUUACAAGAUGGGCGGUACAACGACGUUUUUUAGUGCUCUCUCCAAUCUUUAUCACUUCUACAGCCUCUACUCUGCUCGCAAAUAUGUGGAACAAUUUGCCAACGGCGUCACUAUCAUCUCAUUGUAUCUUAAUCCUGUUCCGAGUAGUAACGCCCCACCGAUCGAACAUUCAAUAUUUCAAGUUAUGAAAGAGGCUUCGUUAUUAUACUGUCUCCCGGAUAACCCAUUCUUCCUUCCCGAGGCUCCCGGCACUCAUGCCGUCCAGGAGGCUACAUAUGCUUACUGCGGUUGGAUAUUUGCCCAACACUUUUGUAACAGGCUUGGUCCAGCGUACUUACAACUCAAGAAUGUUUUGGAUGAGAAUGAUCCCGCUCAUGCAGAAGUGUUGAAUAACAUCAAGAGAAGAUUUAGGGAGGAAACCUUCACGCGGGAGAGUAUUGAAAAAGUUAUUCAUGCUCAUCCAGAACUGAUUCGACUUCUCUACGUAAACUUUGCAAUGAUCCAUUAUCCUGCCUCAGAUAACGCGGGAGAGUUGAUGCCUACUCUCUCUUAUCAACGUUUACAGACUGUUCAACCUCUGUCAGAUGAAGAACUUUAUGAUCGCAUCAGACGAACGGUUCCAAAUAAGCAUGAAUUGCAAGUUUUGGAGAGUUUCUUGAUCUUCAACAAACAUAUUCUCAAAACGAACUUCUACCAGCCCACCAAGGUAGCCCUGUCAUUCCGCCUCGCUCCAGACUUUCUGCCCGAGGUAGAAUAUCCAAAGAAACCGUUUGGGAUGUUCUUCGUUAUCGGAAACGAGUUCCGUGGAUUCCAUAUCCGGUUCAGGGACGUUGCUCGUGGAGGUAUCAGGAUCGUCAUGUCGAGGAAUAAGGAGACAUAUUCCAUCAACCAAAGGAUGUUAUUUGACGAAAACUACAAUCUAGCUUCGACACAGUCUUUGAAGAACAAGGACAUUCCAGAGGGCGGCGCGAAAGGAACCAUUCUCCCCUCCAUUGGUGCCACGCCGAGAUUGUGUUUUGAGAAAUAUGUCGACGCUAUUGUUGACCUACUGAUUCCUGGUAAAACGCCAGGAAUUAAAGAAACGUUGGUGGACUUGUACGGCAAGCCCGAGCUACUGUUCUUUGGGCCCGAUGAGGGAACUGCAGAGAUGAUGGAUUGGGCUGCAUUACAUGCUCGCGAUCGUGGUGCCGAAACAUGGUGGAAGUCGUUCACCACUGGGAAAAGUGCUGAGACGCUGGGUGGAGUACCGCACGACACCUAUGGCAUGACUUCGCUAUCCAUCAGACAGUAUGUGCUGGGAAUCUACAAGCAGUUGGGCUUGAAGGAGAAGGACAUCACGAAGGUGCAAACUGGUGGACCCGAUGGAGAUCUUGGAUCAAACGAAAUUUUGCUUAGCUCUGACAAAACUAUUGCCAUCAUCGAUGGAAGUGGUGUUCUGGCCGAUCCUGCUGGUCUUGACCGUGAUGAGCUUGUUCGUUUAGCAAAACUCCGUGUACCUGUUGGGCACUUUGACAAAUCAAAACUGAGCAAAGAUGGAUAUUUGGUCAAAGUUGAGGAGCAAGAUGUCAAGCUACCUUCUGGCGAAAUUGUUCUCGACGGCACUGAUUUCCGUAACGGAGCCCAUUUGAGGUAUAAGGCGGACCUAUUUGUGCCUUGCGGUGGACGACCAGAGGCUGUCAACAUCUCGAACAUGGCGGCACUCUUUGAUGGCGAGGGCAAACCUCACUUCAAGUAUAUCGUCGAGGGCGCCAACCUGUUCCUCACCCAACAGGCUCGAUUGUUUCUAGAGAAGCGCAAAGUGGUCGUUUUCAAGGAUUCGAGCACCAAUAAAGGUGGUGUGACAAGUUCCUCGAUGGAGGUCCUGGCAGGACUCGCCCUUUCGACUCAAGAAUACGUCGACCUGAUGAUUUUCAAAGAUGGAAAGCCUUCCGAAUUCUACCAGAACUAUGUCCGAGAUAUUCAAGAAAAAAUCACUGAGAACGCAGCGGCAGAAUUCAACUGUAUAUGGAAGGAAUACUCGCGCCUACACGGAACAAAACCCCGAACAAAUAUUUCCGAUGAGCUCUCGUCUACCUUGAACAACCUGCAGGCGGAGUUGGAGAGUUCUGAUCUCUUCGACGACGUUCCGAGCAGAAAUGGGGUGUUGACGCGCGCCAUACCGAGAACAUUGGUUGAUAAAAUUGGACUGGAUUCUUUGUUGAAGCGUCUGCCGGAGACGUACCAACGAGCACUCUUCUCCAGCUGGGUUGCGUCGCACUUUAUCUACAAAUACGGCGUAAAUGGGUCGAGCGUAGAUUUCUUCCAUUUUGCCAGAGACCUUUCAAAAUAGCGAAAGAUAGAAGGAAAUUUAAAUUAGUGUAACUAUACAGAUACUGUAUUUUUUUGUAAUGCAGGUGAUGAAUCGUGAAACGAGCCC